AUGGAAAAUAUGGAAAGUUUGGGGCCAAUGAAGGUCGCUAAUCAACAACCUGACAUCAGAUUGGAAAUACCCUUGGUAAAUCGUUAUAAUAAUAUAGUUUAUUUUCCUGACCUUUUGAAGAAAGCGGGAAUUGAAAUUAAGAAAACACCACGAUACGUUUCCGGAUCAGAUACAGAAUUAUCUGAUUUCGAAGCUCCCGAUGAUUUACAGUUAACGAAAGACUCUAAUAAUGAAGGUGGAUUCUUUGAAAGAAUCCUAGAAAAUGCGGAAAUUUAUGCUGAACAGGAAAAAAAUAAUAAGAAACGGAAAACCAGAGGCAACAAAAAAGAACAACAAUAUGAUACAAGUGACCCCUUCAUAGACGAUAGUGAAUUAGUUCCUCUACAACGUAAUUUCGGAAAAGCCCGCCCUCAAAUUGAUGGAUAUUUCGUGUGGCAGGGACCCUUAGAGAUUGCAAAUCAGGAUGAAGAAGACGAAGAACAACCUAAGAAAAAAACAAAACGAAAACAAAAAUCUACAGAAGAAGGUGCACCUAAGGUACGCAGGAAGCGUACUAGCAAAAAAACCGAAGAAACUGGGGCCGAUAAUAUCGCAAAACAACCCCCUGCUAAAAAGAAAAGGGGGUCAAGAAAAGCAGCAAUCAAUAAUGAAAGUCAAAAAGAAUCACAAUUAAUGACAGAAAGUAGCUUAAAUUCACUUAAAACGCUUAAUGAAGAAACGAACAAAAUGGAAAUUUCCGUAUUUGAUGUUCACAGUUUAACGUCAGAAGUUUCUAAAACAUUUGAAAUUAAUAAGACGCCAGGAAAAAAGAAGAAAAUUUAUUCAGUGGAAAGUGUUAACCCGGAGGUCCAACGACUUUUAAAUAUUUUUAAACAACAAAUUGAAAAAGAAUCUUUUGAAGUUAAAUCAAAAUUCCCCCCAAACCUCAAGAAUCCAUUAACGGAUAUUUUAGUGAAGGCUUACGAACUUAAUCAAUUCAAUGAAAAUCUUUUUAAAAUUUUGACGAACAUGUUACCUUAUAAUAAAUUUACGAUAACUCGUCUUUGUCAACGAACAUUGUAUCCAAAAACACUUAUUGACAUUCAGAAGAAAAAGGCUGAAUUAAUUGAACAAUUAAAAAAUGCGGUAGAUGCAAUUACACCUCGAUCGGAUAGUAGUUUAAAUAAUCGACCAUCUAAGGACUCAUUCGGUAAAAAAUUCCGUUGGGAUGACACAACUCGACGACUUUUAUGGCGAAUAGUUCAAGAAGAAAUGGCUUGGGUUAGCAUGAGCAAUGAACUUAAUGAAGCGGAUGAGAAAUCAGAAAGACAUUCUGAACAAACUUGUCGAAAGAGUUUAUAUCAAGCGUUAUUGAAAAUAUGGCCCACUGAUUGGAUGACAUCUUAUGAAAUUGCACGUGUGUAUAGUGCCUAUAAAAGAUAUCUUAGAGAUCGAGUCGAAAGUUGUUAA